AUGAUGCACCGAAUGCUCGCAGUAGUCUUUCUCGCUGCAGCACGAGCACAGAACUGCGAGGACGGCCAGACGUGCAGCCCACAACAUGUCAGUCCCAACGACAUGGGCAUCCUGAUGCAGAUGAAGUCAGGGUCAGCGUCGGUGUCCCACGCCCAUGCCCACGCAAAUUCAUCCAGCAUCGGAACCUAUGUGGAGCAAGUGGUAAACAAAGUGACUGCACUCGGUGGCAGCCACCAGGGCAACGUGGAGCUUGCCAAGGAGGAAGUCCGUAAGCUGGCCCUCCAGUUAGCUGCAGAUCCCAACUAUACUGUCUUCAACAUGAGCCAGUCCGGCAUGCAGCAAGCCUUCCAGAGGAUCAUCGAUGAGAUGGAAGAAGUCAUCAACGACACUUUGGUAUCCUUGGACAAGGACCACAAGGAGUUUGACAUCAUGAUUGCCAACAUCCGCAAGUGCGGGCUGAACCUAGCUGCCAGCAACGUCAGCGUGACCGAGAUGAGCCCUGCCGUAAUGCAGCUCGGGUUGAACCACGAUGUGUGCCGAAACGUCUCGGUGGCACUACGAGACGCGAACCAUAGCGCACAGGUGAACUACUACGGGCACAUGACCAACGCCAACAUCCCCGACUGCGCACAGAACUUCGCGCCGGGCACUUGCCCUGCCACGCAGGACUACUCGCUGGAAGCUUUCUACGACAACGCCAUUGCCUGCGCCGCCUCAGUGGAUGCCUGGGCUGGGCCUUUUCAUACAACGGCCACCUCCCUGCGAUCUACCCACGAGGCAGCGGAACGUGCUGUCAUUGCCAAGUACCAGGAGUGUGACCAAGCACAGCUGACGUACGAGCUGGGCUUCUGCACUUACCGUACCGAGCUGAUUGAUGCAUGCUCGGCGCUGGAUAAUUGCUACUCCAGUGCAGUGGAUGUGUUCCAGAAGACCAAAGAGCUGAUCCUCAAGUCCAAUACCAGCCGGCAUGUGGCCUUCAUUGCGGCCAGGCAGGUGCAGUGCUAUGUCCGCGUGCUGCAAACGGACAACUUGACCAUGGCGGCUAUUGAGGCCUGUGACUUCACCAAGGUCGAUACCUCACCGCUGAAGUUGACCGUGCCAAGUGUGCCGGGCAAGCCCGCUUGUGACGUGUCCCUGGUGGCUCAGCACCCUUGCGGUGCUGCUUGGGUGGCCAAGCACUACCAGGACAGCUCCAAGUACUGGGUGGCCCAGAAGAUGAAUCACCGCACAUGCAUGCCAUGCCUCGACCAGGGCGGGACCCUGCAGAUCGACCAAAUCCUGCCGAUUCUCGAGAGUGCCAGACCUGAGGAAGCAGGAAAUUCCUUUGCAUAG